UCUAGCAUUGACAUCCCACCUUCUCACAUACCAAAAGCCCAAUAGCCCAACAUGAUCCGGAAACAGGCGCGACAACGGCGCGACUACCUCUAUCGCAAGGCGCUUAUAUUGAAAGAGGCGGAGACGACUGAGAAGCGCGCCCAACUACGAUCUGCCCUUGCUUCUGGCAAGCCCAUCGACCCCGAAAUCGCAAAGAACAAGGCGUUGCGGAAAGACUACCAAUAUGACGAGUCGCGACCCGAUCGAACAGUCGAUGAGGAGAUGGAUCUCGACGACGAAUACUCCCAGCUGUCGGGAAUCUCGGAGCCACGCCUUUUGGUUACAACUUCAAGAGACCCGUCCUCAAGGCUUUCAGCCUUCUCCAAAGAGAUUAGAUUGCUCUUCCCUACAUCCGUUCGGCUCAAUCGUGGAAAUCUGAUUCUUCCGGACAUUGUGCAGUCUAGCAAGUCCAACGGGCUCACAGACAUUGUCCUCCUUCACGAACAUCGCGGUGUACCGACUGCCAUGACCAUUUCCCAUCUUCCACACGGCCCUACGCUAUCAAUGUCGCUCCACAACGUUGUACUCAGAGCAGAUAUACCCGGAAGUAUCAGAGGAUCCGUCUCAGAGGCUUUUCCACGGUUAAUAUUUGAGGGUUUUAAGAGCCGGCUUGGACAGCGGAUUGUGAAGAUCCUAAAACAUCUUUUCCCUCCGCUCGAUCCCCCGACCACCAAGGCUAAGGUAGGGUCAAGGGUAGUGACAUUUAUGAACAAUGAAGACUCCAUUGAAGUCAGACAUCACGUUUUUGUCCGGACUUCGUACGAUUCUGUCGAGCUCGCCGAGGUUGGACCUCGGAUGACAAUGCGCCCCUUCGAGAUUCGCGGUGGAACCUUGGAAAACAAGGACGGCGAUGUUGAGUGGCACCUUACACAGUACACUCGUACUGGUAGAAAGAAGGAGUAUCUGUGAGAGAGGACCACCGAAGAGAACCGACAUGACAGAUGCGGUCAAAUGCUUAGGCGUCGCUGUCGUGAGAGAACACGGGGCAAUUAGCCACGAUCGGCGCCCAGAAGAUCAGCUCGUUGCGUGGGCGAAAUGCUGCAACGACGAACAGGACUUGUCAAGUAGUGCGCCACGAACCGGAGCCGGAGGUAACGGGAACGCGGGUUUCCACGAGGCCACAAUACCCAGGCGCCGGUCAAGCGGCGUCGGUGGAUGCGAGAAGAAGAGAGGCGUGGCAAAGGCACACAUGGGACUACACGAAGUGGAAGAUGAAGAACGAUGUUGGACUGAAGAUAUCCAAGCCAGAACGCCGUAGUUUCUUGGCGGCUUACAAUGGCAAGACGGUGGAGUGUAGAAAAUGGAGACUUCCUAAGCUUCAGGAGAAGACAAAUCAAGGCAGGCAAAAAAGC